AUGACAGAAUUGGAGCGUGUUGCGGCGCGAUCGAUAUCGACGGAGCGGUCGUUCUUCAUCAUCCACAUCAUCGUGGUUUGGGUGCCAGCUAUUCGUCGACCUGCUGAUAGGCAUCAUAGAAGAUUUUGUGGGAUGGCGGAAGAGUUGAACUGCGACCUAGAUGACGGUUCGCAUCAUGACGGGUCCGAUGGUGGCUCCAAGUUGAGUGCAGAAGAUGCUCAAGAACAUGCAAGCGACGCAAAGGAAAAUUUUCAACCGCCUCCCGAGAAAGUGGAAGAUGUCUUGGAUCUAGAUUACGAUGAAGGCUCACCUAAUGGAGCUCAAGAAAGAGCCGAGGAUGGGGAAGAGAGUUCCGAUGGAGAAAUAGAGGAUUCAAGCGAUGAAAACAAAAACAACGCGGCUGAUGGAGACAAAGAAGAAGGAGAAAUAGACGACAGUGAGGAAGACGAUGGGGAAAUAGAGGUUGAUAUCGAGAAGACGCGCAAAGUUCCUAUUGAGGCUCGCCUCAGUCGUCCACCUGCUGUAGUACGAGACAGAAGUAUCAGAGCGCGAGAUUGUCCAUAUGAAAUUAAUGGUUCCUGCACAUGGGGCCCUGACUGCAAAUACGUCCAUCGCAAUAAGGAACCUGUAAGGCUCUUCAGCAGAGGGAAGGUAGCCGAAGAAACUUCGUGGGAACGUGGUCUUCGAGAGGCACGAGAAGCCAUGCGAAGAGCCUCUAAAAAACGCCAGGAACCUGAGUUUGAGACAAAACGGCUGACCGCUGCACCUACGGGGGAGCGUACUAGAACCAUCCACGAUUCGGAUUCGGAUGACGCCUCAUCUCCACAUAGGAAAUCACCACAUUCAUCUCGUCAGCAUAUACCAUCAUUAUUGGAUAUUAGCACUCUUCCACCGCGAUUCCAGAGCCGUUCAUCUUCGCACAAAGACGGUGUGCGUAGUGCGACCCGAGGUUCGCCGUGUUAUUCUGAUGACGACGACAGUCUGCCAUCUCGACAUAGUAGGACCGACAGCGGAAGAGGUAGAGACGGCGGAACUUUCAGAGAGCGUCGUGAAAUAAAGGCUGUUGUGUUGUUUCGUCAUACUGAUUGUGUGAGUUUCCUGUCAGACGGUGUGCGUAGUGCGACCCGAGGUUCGCCGUGUUAUUCUGAUGACGACGACAGUCUGCCAUCUCGACAUAGUAGGACUGACAGCGGAAGAGGUAGAGACGGCGGAACUUUCAGAGAGCGUCGUGAAAUAAAGGAUUUGGGUCCACAAGUUCGCUACCCUUGCGGUCGACCACCACCACCACCUCGCAAUGACACGAGACGAAGCGGAGGUGGUGACAGUAAUGGUCCACGUCAUUCGUCGUCACGGCAAGAAAAAGUCAAAGACUCAGCACCACGUUCACGACGUGAUUCACCACACAGUACCACUUCUACUAAAGCGAAGUCGCGCAGUGGAAGCAACAGGAUAUCUCCAUCUCUUGAUGCAUCUCCGAUAAGCAGCGACUCCUCGCUUUCACCCUCAAGGAGCCCUCAUAAAGGUGCUGGAGCCGCGCACACGGACAAAAAUGGGGAUAAAAAAGCAAAGAAGAAAGUUCAAAGCGGCGGCGCUAUGGGCGAUGUGACUGAUCCGUGGGCUCGAAAAAAGAAAACAAACACGUGGUCGAAGAACAAUAGUGAGAAGGCGAGAGGACGCUCGUCAAGCAAUAGCUCAUCGAGUUCAACGAAUAGUAAUGAGAAACUUCGCCGUGCAGCAGCUGCAUCUACAACUACUCGUACUUCACGUCGAGCGCGUUCACCACCAAGCACCAAGGUUGAAAGACGACUAUCGCCACCAAGGGGAGAUAUCGCAGGUUUCCGUAUUCCAAAAAAGCACCGUGCGGCAUCAUCUCGUGAUCGAACAUCUAGAAGUCCGACUCAAAAGAAGGUUCGCGAACCGAGUCGAGUAUCCGAUGAUGAGGUUGGGGAUGCAAUGGAAAGCCGUGGAGCUGAGAACAUCAGCGAUUCGGAAUCUGCUCAAUCGGCUAGCAGAAGCUCCUCUGUAGUUUCGUCGUCUUCGUCUAGAAGUUCUUCCCAGAGUCGAUCUGUUUCGCCUGCUCUGCCAGCCAAGUAUCGUGUGGCUAGUGGUAAAGAGGACGCUACUGCUUCGGUGGAAAAAAAUGUUACGUCAGUGUCUGAUUCGGAUGAUGAACAGAAAAAGAAAAACCGUUCUAAAGGUGCUUCGAAGGGGAAGCGUGCUGCGUCGCCGCGUCUUCGUGAAAUGCAGGCCAGAAAGUCGAAGUCCGUCACGGAAAAGCGUUCAUCGACUGAGAAGCUGAAACGGGACAGAAGUCCGCCGAAGAAAAAGGCCAAGGGUAAUCAUGACGGUCUGACCGAAAAGGAACGACGAAAGCGAGAACUAAUGGAACAGCUGCGAGCAGUUGAAGAAGAGCUAAAGAAAAGGACGGCGGCCACAUCUGCUUUGUGA